AUGUCGCGCCCACCUUCAUCGAUCCUGUUUGAGACUGCGGAUCGCUCUGUUGUUGUUGUCGACCUGCCAAGGUCCAUUGAGGAGGUGCAAGAAGUGAGCGGCAUUCGUGACGGUGAUGUCGCUUUCACAGCAAACAGUGGUUGGCAGCAACGCUGCCGGCGAUUGAUUUCCACCCCGGCGCCUACAGAGCCCUUUGAUACACCACGAGGCUCGGAUGCCAUCGACUAUGCGACCGGUCGAAGCUUAGCUGCCCAGCUGGCCGAGUUGACGACCCGGGCUUCCGUGGAGAGCGCUCUCCACACUGGUGAGAGCAAGCCCGACGACCCGCUCAUCCCACCCGGGGCACAUUAUCUGGACGGGACUAUUGCAGACCGCCGAGACGAGUUCCUCGCCGCUGCGCCCGAGUUCGACGUGAUCGUGAUGGACCCGCCGUGGCCCAACCGGUCGGCUCGGCGGCGACGGCAGGGCCGCAAGAGAAAGCGCAGAGCAUUGGUCAAGGGAGAAGAUGCAGAAGUACAAGGCACCGACAGUGGUUACGAUACAGCCUCGGACAUGGCCGUUCUGCGGGACAUCUUGGGGCAGAUCCCCGUUGGCGCAAAGCUGGCCCGUAGUGGAAUCGUCGCCGUGUGGGUGACCAACAAGCCAGCCUGCGAGGCCCUCCUAACGGACGCCAAGCAUGGCCUGUUCCGCACUUGGGGGGUCGAGCUGGUGGCGACUUGGACCUGGGUCAAAGUGACCAGCAGCGGUGAGCCCGUCGUCGCGGUGGACGCGCAGUGGCGCAAGCCGUGGGAGCGUUUGUUGUUGGCUCGACGGCCAGCUGGAAACGGAGGCGUCUCAUCAACGGCUCUCCCUGCGCAUCGUGUGAUCGUGGGUGUUCCCGAUAUGCACUCGCGCAAGCCGCACCUUAAGCCAUUGUUGGCGCCGUUCUUGCCGUCUUCUGCUUCAGAGAUUCGUGGACUUGAAAUAUUUGCACGGAAUCUGACGUCCGGUUGGUGGGCAUGGGGCAAUGAAGUGCUUCUGUUCCAGCACCCGUCAUGGUGGACAACAGCUAUAGAGCCAGAAGAGGCUGUCGUUGAUACCAAAUAA